AUGUCGUUCCGAAAAGACCUGCUGCUUCACGUGCCGGUCACCAGUAGAACGAGCAACGUGACGUACGCGAACUACCAGUGCGCAGUAUGCCAUAGCGAUACGCAUGACGUGGUCUUUUGGAACGUCGACUUGAAGUGCCCCUCACUUAUAGGCCCUAGCGAGGUUGAGGUGAAUGCGUCGCCAGGUGACCUAGUGUUUCGAGAGGGCCAGUGGGGAGUAGUUGUGAAUGGCAGUGAGCAAGAAGUGCACAAAUGUAAUCUGACACUCUCCCUCGGAAACAUUUGGAAAUUCCCCGGGAGAUCGUGCAGACUUGUUGUAGACAAGUACAUGGAAAAUUGGGACGAUGAAACGACAGAAAAACUUUGUCAUUCAUACACAUCUCACUAUAGGAAUCUAGAUGAAGUUGCCGUUAAAGAGGACCUGAUUCAUCCAGACACAGCAGGCAAUGCCACUGUCCCUUGUCUUAGCGACGGAACCUGUAGAAACGAGACGAUUCUCAAGGACGAUUAUAUUAUGGUCAACGACACUGUGGUUAUAAAAGUGUCUAAUCGCACUUACUAUCCUGGGGAGUACGAGGUUGUGGAAGAAGGAGUUUUGGUGUGUUCCUUCGCGUCCGACAAAUACUCGGCCGCCAUGGGGUGGGUGACGCUGGCUGGUCUGAGCGCGUCCUCCCUGUGCCUUGUGCUGCACUUGGUGCCUUCGCCCUCGUGCCUCACUCAGGACCUUCACGGCAGGAACAUCUUUCUGUCGCUCCUCGGGGCCUACGUCUCGUACAUCCUCAGCGUUUUCGCCGAGACAUCGACGACGGAAUGCUACGUGUUCGCGGUUCUCAUCUACUACUUGUUUCUCACGUCGUUCUCGUGGAUGAACGUCUUGGGCUUCGAUGUGUUUUACACGUUCAGGCGAAGCAGAGUGAGGUCCGGAGAACAGUGGAAGAGGUUCUUAGUGUAUUCUGCGUACGGGUGGGUGCUUCCCGCGUGCGCCGUCGCUGCGGUGGUAGCGGUGGACCAGACGAGGCCCCCCGGGUUCCCCCCGGAAUUCCUUCCGAGUCUUGGGCAGCACCUGUGCUGGUUCGGGCGACGCAAGGCCUUGCUGGCGUUCUUCGGCGCUCCCCUGAUCGCCAGCAUCGUCAUGAACGUGGCUUUGUUCGUCGCCACGACAGUCAGCAUCGCCAAGACGAUGCAGUCGGAGGUGCGGAGGACGUCCCCGAGUGAGCCGAAGAAGGAGUUCCUCCUGUACCUCCGGCUGGCCGUCCUGAUGGGGAUCACGUGGAUCACUUCGGUGGUGGCCUCGUACCUGGAGCUGGAAGUGCUGUGGUACGUGUUCAUCCUGUUGAACACUCUGCAGGGCGUGUUCAUCUUCCUGGCCUUUACCUGCAGGGUCAAGGUGUGGGAGGCCAUCGCGCAGCCUUGCCAAGCGUCGUCCUCCGUCAGCUGCUGCAGAAGGCAAGAGUCAGAACCUCCGACCGUGGAUACAGCAAUGAAGUUAGUCAUAGAAGAGACAGUCUUCUGGGUUCUUUCGUCCGUAGGCUAUUUAAAACUCAAGUUGCAAGGAGCUUUAUUGAUGCAAAAUACCACACACGUUAAGUACAAAUGGGCAGGUGCAGGACAAAACAAAUGCAACCUGCAGUAUCCUCAGGCUCAGUUGUCUCGCCCUUUGAUUGGCUGA